UGUUUCUGAUCCCCUGGUGUGUGAAGAACUACAGGUAAGUAUGUUUGUGCAGACUGACAUAUGGGAAGGCAGUUUUACUCUGAUACAUCUGUAGGAGUAUUAUUAUUCACAUAUUUACAUAAUCAGUAGAAUCAAAUGCAGUUACAAAAUCAGUUUUUAAUGAAGUUACAUUUCCCUGGGUUGUUGUGAUGUUGUAUGCUUUGCAUAGGCACCAUGGAUCCGAUGCAAAUGUGGAAUUAUGUGAAAUCUGCUUCUAAAACUAGUAUAACUUGCUUUGUUAUUAAAAAACUGAUAUUCCUGGCUCUUCCCCUUGCUCAGAUUGCGAUAGGUGCAGUCUAUCUGCAAGACUGUCCUCAGCAGUGCUAUAUCCCAGUGUAUGUGCUGGUUUGUGGAGUGUUUAUUAUAUUUCUGCUCUUGCUGUCUUGUCUGCCCUGCACCACGGAGACGGAGGAGGAACGUCAAAGAAGCUUUAUCCGCAAUGUGUUGAAAUGUCUAGUUUCUGUCAUCUUGGUCUGUUGGAUGAUCUGUGGCAGUGUGUGGAUUUACUCUGUUUAUCCUCCUAACUACAACCAAACCAUGGCUGGAGAUGCCUACUGCAAUAAGACCCUCUACCUGUUUGCAUUCUGGACCACCAUACUGGGAAACAUUCUGUUUGGUCUGGUGCUGUUGUGUGGGUGCUGUGUUUGGGGCAAAUUAGCUGAGUUAGUUUACUGUGUUGCGCUUGCAUUGGAUUAGCAAAGGAUUAGGAAAAACUCCAUCUGAAUUUAUCUUGAUGACAGGGUUUUGAUGGUUUGUGUGAUAAAUUCACUAAACAAAAUGUAUGUAAAAAAUAUUGUGUUUAAAACUAAUAUUUAAUUAUCUUCAAAACUUUUGGUAGCAUUUGAGCAUUGAAAGUAAGAUUUUUUUUGGCUAACAAUGAAAAUGAAAUCUUAAUAAUAAAAUCAA